AGGCGGCACCCCGCGCCCCUCGGGCGACCCCCCGGGCGCUCUCGGGGCCGUCAUGGCGUGGGCGGACCCGGGCGCCGUGCACGAAGAGGUGCAGGUCCUCGAGGCCAUGUACCCGGAAGAGUUGCGGCUGCGCGCCUGGCCUCCGCGGCUGGCGCUGGUGGUCGAGGGCUGGGAGGCGGAGGUGGAGCUCCCGGACUCCUACCCGCGCGAGCUGCCCGCCCUGCACAUCGAGCCGCCGCUGCCGCUAUGCGACGCUGGGGAGCUGGACGCGCUGGCCGCCACCGUGCUGUCGCAGGUGCAGCCCGGGGGGCCGCUGCUGGUGGAGCUGGCGAGGGUUCUGGGCGAGGACCCCGGCCGGGCCGGCUUCGGCGCCCAGAUCUCGGAGCCUGUGGAUGCUAAAGCCCUGGGCGGGCUCUGGAAAAGGCCAGGCGCUAGCGAUGGCUUCGGGUCGCUCGCGGGCUCGACGGCGGCAGAUCCGCUGAGCGCGGGGGCUUUCUUCAGCGAUGAGUGGACCGCGCGCCCCCUCUCACCGACCGCGUCCGGCGCCCCCGUCGACGACGACGCGACCGCGGGCCAGCGCUUGGAACUGCAGGCAGACGCGAUGGGCGUCGCCAAGUCGGGCGCGGAGCUGCUCGAGAGCCAGCGGUCGGAGAUCGAGGCGGCUGCGGUCGAUGCUUGCGCCGCGAGAAGCAGUGUGCAGCGGGGCGCGCGGGCGAAAUGCAGAACGAUGGUGAUCUUGGCCCUCAGACGCAAGCGCGUGUUCUUGAACGUGCGCGUGGAGAAGGCGAGCGAGGCUUUGCUGGGGGCCGGUCCCCUUAGGUUGCAGGACUAUUUGAAGGCAGUGUACAUGUGCGGAUACGCUGGCGGUAUGUCUUGGACUGGUAACGCGGGGGCAACUCUUGAAACAACUGUGAACUUGGCCGCGAGCAUCACCGUGGGAUCGGAGCAAGCUUGGGCUCGCGGCAGGACUUGGAUCGCUUGCAUCUCCAUGCCGCCGCCGCCUGCCGAUGGCUCGUUCGGCCGCGGCUUCUACGCCGAGAACUUGAACGUGAACGACUCGGGUUCCACGGUGAGGAGAGUUACGCGGAGGCCUCCAGUGACAGCGCCGGCCAUCUCCCUGUGCAUUGCGUCGCCGCGGCCUCGUCGAGCGCGCUCUCCGCCGUCGCGCUGUCGGCCUGCGCCGCCGUGGGCCGCGAACAACGGCUGCGUCGAUCUCGCCGCGCGGGCCCCCGACGCGGCGGGCGGCGACGCGUUCUCGGCAGGAAGCGCCGCCCUCGAUGGGAUGCGCGACAGCGCGGGCAAGGCGAGCGUCGCAGCGCUGGCUGAGCAGCAGGCGACUGCGCUCUUCGCCGGCGCGUGCGCGGACAGCGCCGGCAUCGCCUGGGCCGUCGCCAACGGCGCGUCCGAAGUCGCGGAUGCGGCGCUAGGUACUUGCGCAGUCAACAACCAGGGCAGCGGCGUGCCGGCGAGGCUUACUCAAGCAACCGGGUCGCUGCCUUGGCGUCUUUUCGCAUCGUCCGAGUUCCCGCUGCACCCGCGCAGGUCACCCGCGCGCUCGACAACCUUCGGCCGCCAUGCGGCCGCACACACGGGCGCCAAGACGAUCGCCGGCAGCACGGCCCUCACGAUGACCUUUGUCCUCGCUGCCCAGGCCCCGCCUGAGCAGCGCGGUUUUGUCAAGCAUCGGCAUUUCAUUGACGACACCGUGGAGCUAGACGCGCACAUGGUCCAGGCCUUCUACCGUCCGCCGGGCAGCUUUCUUCCCAUAGGCGCCCUCUCGCCCUUCGACAUCGCGGGGCUCGGGCCCGUCCUGGGCCUCGGGACUGGACUGGACUGGACUGGGUGGCCUGGUAAGUGGACGAGUGGGGCCAAGGCGAGGCCGCAGUGCCCCGCGGGGCUCCGGCCGCGGCUGCGGCUGCGGCGGCGGCUGGCGAGCAGCGCCGCGGCGGCGCCGCCGCGCGAGGGGCUCAUGGAGGGCGCGCUUGCCUGCCGCAGGAGUGCUGCAGCACGUCGCAGACUUCGGGCCGACCUUCCUGGGACGCGUCCACCUGCGGAGGGCCUGCUCGGCCACGAGGCUGGUGGAGUGGCGGUGGGCCCCGCCACUCUCCCUGCUGGAGGACCUCAGCGGCCUCGGGCUGGGGGACGUUGGCGCCUGCGCUGUGGCCGAGGCGCUGACGCGCGAGGCGAGCGACUCCGUCGUCCGCCUCCACAUCAGCCACAACGGUAUCGGCGACCGCGGGGCUGCCGCCCUCGCCGCCGCGCUGGCCACGAGCCGUGCGCCGGUGCGGCGCGUGUACGCGGAGGGCAACGAGAUCGGUGCGGCCGGGGCCAGGCAGGGCCGGUGUCACUUCUAAUUUCGACAGGAUACAUGAUACUAUUGGCUGGAACUCAGGCGGUGGAUCGAAGGCAGCAGUUCUCAGGGAGUGUUGAUCUUCGCCGUCAUGGGCAGGGGCGUUUGGUCAUUGAAGCCCCCUUCUGUCCAUCGGCUCCAUUGAGUAACUCGUGUACGGGUUGCACCGUCAUCUUUGGGAAGAGUUCUCAAGAACAGCUUCUCAUUCAGACAGGGGCUUCCCCUCCAGAGGCCAAAAGGCAGACUUCCUGGAGCCCGAGGCAAACGAGGAAGAAGUGA